AUGGCGGAGCGGCGCAAUACAGACAUAACGGAGGGCCUGAUUCGCGAGUACCUGUCGACGAAGGGCCUCACGAGGACGCUGGAGACCUUCAACCAAGAAAAUCCCAAGACCGACAGCUCGAUUUCAAAGCGGGGAACCUUGCGGAAGGCCCUGGGGCUAGAGCAGCUUGCCAAGAAGACUCAGGCGCACAACAGCAGCAGCAGCGACUCUGGCCCCCGAUCUGUUCUGGACAUGUGGGUGGACCACAAAUUGAACAAGUCUGCAAGACAAGCUCCACAGAAAUCAUCUAAGUCCAAGAGUGGUGAGCGUGCUGAAGGCAGAGCUGCAGCAGGUUCUGCUGCUGCAGAGCCAUCAGGCAGGGACAGCUGGACCAUUGAGGCACUGCACCAUUCCAUCGAUCAGAAGAAUGGUGUUGACACUGCCUCCCACAGGGCACAUGAAGACCGCAACAAGGCCAGCAUGUCGUCUUCAGUGGACAGGCCAUGCUUCUUGAGUUCCAGUGACGAUCUGUUGCAUUCACGAUACCACAUCAAUGCCAGCUGCAAAAUGCCUUCAGCGAGAUCUGUGCAAUACUGCAGUGGGCGGUCGGAGAUGAGAGAUGAGCAUGGACGUCGAGAUAGAGAAGCAAGCCACGACCACUCUUGCUCUGGUCCGUAUCCUCUGGGUGAGCAUAUGACAUGCCACGAGCAGAAAGGGCAGAGUGACUCCUUUUCGUCUGGGCAGCAGAUCAAAGCACACACGAUGUUGGGGCACCAUGAAAGCACCUUGGCAAGGAACUCUUAUGGCCAUCGCAGAAUGGAGUCGCCAGUCUCCAGAAAUGAUCACGACUACAGCAGAUUCGCAUCUGACGAACAGCCACUCUCCAGUGUGCCCAGCAGGCUUCUUGCUGGCAUGUCCUCGCAGGCUGCAAGGCAUGGAAAAGCAGAGCGGAUCAGUGCACCUGAAUCGUGGGCUGACAAGCCGAGUCAACACAAGUUCUCAAACUCCAACCCGUCAACUGCUUGUGCCACUGACUCCUGUGGACUGGGCUCCGGAAAACAUGGCACAAGUGCAGGGAGACUCGCUGCGGCUGUUGGCUGGUGCCAGCCGGCCCUGGACGUGCUGAAGAUGGGAGAGACAUCCAGGGAUAGAAAGCUUGGUGGACAGCCAAGUGCGAUUCAUGCUUCCAAGCACUUUGACCGACUGCGCCUGGAUGACCCUCCGGCCACGUGGACCAGCGCAAGCGCUUUGGGCCCACACAGCAGGAGAACGGAGCGCAACAGCAGCAACGUAUGGAAACACAUCGAGACUGCGAUGGCACAUGUCUCGUGGUUCGCGCCUGCCAGUGUUGUUCAUCUGCACCGAAGCCCAUGCAUCCAUAACCGCAACAGCUGCAGUGGAGGCUAG